GGAAACUCCCACACAGCCCAUGUGCCGGCUAUUGGUUGCCCUGUGUUUCCGUACACAAUAUGGCGGCCCCCAUGGUGUGCAGCGGGGAUGGGAUGUGAGUGCUGUGCCCGGUCCCUGCAGCUUCCCCCGGGGAGACACAGGCUGCUGUGAGCAACAAGGACCGGAGCUCUGUGAUAGCCACGACCGCUUCUUCAGAUUGGGGAUCCCCUAGAACUACAGAGCCUGCUGCAGCAUGGAGGCCUCGCCCUGUAAUCUCCAGGGAUCCCAGAACCAGAGUGUCCCCUGCAGUCUGGAGAACCAGAAGAACAACAUCAGUCCUUGCAGCCUGGUGAAGCCGCAAUCUGUAUCCUCCAGCUCAGAGUCCUCUGGGCCCUUUUCCCACUGGAAGCUCCAGUCAUCUCUCAGGACCGACCUUAGUAAGAAGGGAAGUGUGGACAAGGACAUAGAGGAGACUGUGCGGGACAUCAAUCUCCAGGACUGUUACUUCACCACCAGCUCCUGCUCUGGGAGAAUCAUCCUCAUCGAUGAGAGUCCUGACCUGUCCGUAGUGCAGAAGCAGAACUGCUCAUGGCUUUUUGUAACUCACGAGUUGUGCAGCAACGAUGAUGUGUUUGCAGCCCUUCAGAAAGCCACAGGGAACGCGGUGUUGAAAUUUGAACCCUUCGUCCUGCAUGUCCAGUGUCGCACGCUGAAGGAUGCGCAGCUCCUACACAGCGUCGCCAUCAAUUCAGGGUUCCGGAACUCUGGAAUUACCGUUGGCAAGAAGGGGAAGAUUAUUAUGGCGGUGCGUAGUACUCAUUGCCUGGAAGUGCCUUUGUGCCACCAGGGAAAAUGUUUGGUGAGCAAUGAAUAUAUUGCAUUUUUAGUACAAACAGCGAAUCAGAAGAUGGGAGAGAACAAGAAGAGAAUUACCAGGUUCUAUUGUUGCCUUCAGGCGGCUUUACACAAGAGGAACAGUGUCGGUGACAUAGAUUGCGAGGCAGAGGCUCCCAGUUCCGUCUAUACCCGACGCAGGAGAAGGCAUUGUGUGGACAAGAGAUCAGACUGUGGUUCAAGUGAAGAUGUAAUUGAUGAUCCAGUGACCAGUAUCUUAUUCGAUCAUGAUGAUAUUCCCUUAUAGUCGUAGUCAAUAUUAAAGCAGCAAUCCCACAUAGGUUUAAAUAUUUAUUUUCUUUAUAAAGCAAGCUAAAUACCGUUCAAACAUGAAUCAUGAAACAUUAGCUGUCCUACAAAUCAGUAUGUCCUUUUCAAAAUCUCUCCGGAGAUUGCAAAAUAAAAAUUACUUUCUGUUAUGUACAAACUUAGAAGCUCAUGGGGGUCAUUCCGAGUUGAUCGCUCGCUAGCAGUUUUUAGCAGCCGUGCAAACGCUAUGCCGCCUCCCACUGGGAGUGUAUUUUAGCUUAGCAGAAGUGCGAACGAAAGGAUCGCAGAACGGCUACAAAAUAAUUUUGUGUAGUUUCAGAGUAGCUCCAGACCUACUCAGCGCUUGCGAUCACUUCAGACCAUUCAGUUCCUGUUUUGACGUCAUGAACACGCCCUGCAUUCGGCCAGCCACGCCUGCGUUUUUCCUGGCACGCUUGCGUUUUUCCAAACACUCCCUGAAAACGGUCAGUUGACACCCAGAAAGGCCGACUUCAUGUCAAUCACUCUGCGGCCAGCAGUGCGACUGAAAAGCUUCGCUAGACCUUGUGUGAAACUACAUCGGCCGUUGUGAAAGUACGUUGCGCGUGCGCAUUGCGCCGCAUGCGUAGAAGUGGCGUUUUUUGCAUCAUCGCUGCGCAGCGAACAUUUUCAGCUAGCGAUCAACUCGGAAUGACCCCCCAUGUCAGGUGAAUGCACAGGGGGUAGGAUGUCACAUUGCACAUAGCGGACAGAGCUCAAAGCCGCUCUGCUCACUCCACGUGCUGUGUGACUGUUGCCAUGGUUAUCCAUGACACUGCUGAAUUAUAAAUCCUUAAUGGCAGACUGAAGAUACAAACAAAGGAAACAUAUUCUUCUAGCUUGACACAUUGAUAACCAAAACACAACUUUCUUUGUUGUGGGAUAGCUGCUUUAAUGGAGCAAUCCCAGUUAAGCAAUAAAGUUGAACCGAACUACUCUAUCCACUUAGCAGAGCCGGAGCAACGUUGCGCUGAUGCAGUUUUCCGCCUGGCUAAAAGUUUUAAGCGGCCAGUAUGUCUGGGUGCGACCUGCAGACCAAUAUCAUCCCGCACGGUCUUGCCUAUGUACUACAGCAAACUGUUUUGGUGCGACGUUCGGAAACAAUCCGCUCCAUUACUUUUUAAUUUUUUUGACAAGAGUGUGCGCUAAUUUCAUUAACCCCAGUCUGAGAUGUACCAAAAACCACCAGAAGAGUUUUGCAAUAAAUGUACUUUUUUAUUUUCUAUCAAUA